ACGUCAAGAAAUAUAUUCGUGAAACUUACAAACCACCGGCACUAGAGAACGAUGGAGCAGAACUAAAUUUCAUGUAUGAAACCGAUAGAUAUUAUCUUAGCCAGCGGGUAUAUCACUGUUCGAGAAUAAUUUCAAAAUCGUACCGGAAAAACUUGUCAAGGGGCAUUACGAUCAGGGAACCUAUAUUUGGCGAUAGAAUGUCGUUCAACGGGAAGAAUGAGUCGAGUAAAAUUGAUGAUGGAAAGGAAAUGGAUAUAGUAUGGUGUAUAGUGACUGACGCGGAAAAAUGGUUCUUUAUGGAGCGUAUUA